AUGGAGCUAGAGCAAGCAGGUGCCAAUUUCCAUUAUUUAAAUGGAGAUUUUUUUAAUAAUUAAAAUUAAAUACCUUAAAAUUAUGCAGAGGCAAACAAUUUUUACACUAGCAGUAUUAACUUUUAGUAACCUAACGGUUAAGAAGUACACAAUUUUAAUAAUUAAGAUAAUUAUUUUAUUCAAAAUAAUCAAGAAAAUGAUUGUCUUUAACAGAAUUUUUAUGGUUAGUAAACAAAUAAUUAUUACAAUAACAAUUAUUAAGAGUAGUAUGGAUCUAACUAUUACUACAAACAAUAAGAAGAGUUGCAAACUAAUGAUGUAGAGACUCAUAUGAAUUACCAAGACAACAGAAGUGAAUUCUCUGAUGUGAUUCAAUCGCAAUUGACUUCAACCAUUCAAUUACCUAAUCUACCUGUUAAAGAUGGAUUCGAAAUAUAUCAUAAAUAAUAUAGCAUAGAUGAAGAAGAUAAUGAAGGAGUGUCUGAUUAACUUUCAAAUGGCUAAAGCAGUACUAAUUAGAGCUCUUUUACAAGCUAAAAUAAUAAUUCUUUAGCAACAAAAAACCAAGAACAACUCAAAGUAGUUGAGUUUGGAAUUUAAUUGUUAAAACCUGUGCUAGAAAGAGCUAAUUUUUACUUAAUUGGUGACAUUUCUAUAGAUUUUGAAUUAUUAAGAGGAAAAGAAAGCAGAUUUUCUCCUCUUUCGGAAUUUAGACCAGUCGUUUCAGUGCAACGUAAUGUAUUUUAAUAAUUUGUUGAGCUUCAGAUAGGAUAAUACCAGUAGGGAUUGACUGAUUUUAGAGGUGUAGUAGAAAAAUUGAAUUGCAUGAAUGAUUAAUUCGCUCACGGAAUUGCAGUCUUGCUCACAAAGUAUUAAAAGUUAAUUGAUUUUAAGGUUAAAAUGCUGAAUUCCACCACUAACAGCUCCUACUCAGGUUAAUUUAAUGAACAAGCAUUUUGGGAGGAAGCUUAGGAAAAGAUGAAAAGCGUUUUAGCUGAAAAGAGGAAGGAAAAUAAAUAUCUUGCUUAUAUUUUGAAGAGAGGAUCUUAUUUGGAAGAUGUGAUGGUCGCUUAGGGCUACAGUGAAUAAUUAUUGGAAGUAAUGGGCCUGGACUAUGAAACAUUCCGCCAAAUAUCUCUGAGAAAGGGAUUGAUUGAUUUUGUUGAACCAAUAUCGCGAUACUUUAUUAUCGUUGAAUAAUUUGCAAAUGUAGCUAAGAAAAAAAUGCCAUGGGAAGAUAUUUGCCUUAUUUCAAUUGAUAACUUCAAAAUACCUGUAAAAGUAAAAGCUGAAAAAAUAACAUUGAAUAAAUAUAAAUGCUAUGAAAACUAUAUUGGAUUUUUAAGUAUUGACAUACCUCAAAAGGUGUUGGAUGACUUAAAGUUAAAGAGAUAUCGUGCAAGAAAUAUGCUAGAAAAUAAGAAUUACUUUUAGCUAGGCGAAGAACUAACAUAUUCCUUUGAAACAGAGUUAUUUUUAGACAGAUACUACUCGCAACAAAAAGCUUAAGCGAUAAUUGAAUAUAGCCAAAGCCAAAAGAAAAAGAAUGAGGAAGAAAAUAUUGAAAUGGCUAAACUCUUGUAGCAAUAUAUACAACAAUAUAACUAAAUCAUGAAUAAUAAUUAACAAAACUAAAAAGAAAACUAAGUGCUAUCUAGUUCCAUCCAAUCUGUUUCAACUUAGAUGAGUCUCAAUCAAUCUUUAAGAUCAAACAGUGAUGAGUAAGUAGAUUUAGGUUAAUCAAUAUAUUUGGCCUCGUCAUUGAGUUCACGAGAAAUACCUAGCAAUAAGUAAGAAUCUUAAAGAAAUUUAGUAAACGAUUAAAAUUUUGGAAAUAUGAAACAAGAAAAAUGUGUAGUUGUUUUAGAUUGA